UAGACGCUCUUAUCCAGAGCGACUUACAGUUAGUGAGUGCAUACAUUUAUUUUUCUACAGAGGACCUGACUGGUGCAGGUGGUCCACCGGACGGAGCUGAGUCUCCCGCUCAGCCCAGCGGAGCUGUCAUGCUGCCCAAAGCCGACACGGAAUCUCUGGGACUCGUUCGAUCGCAUGGAGAACAGGGGCACAUGCAAAGGAAUAUGCAAGCCCCACACUAUAAAAUGAUGGACUACUCUUAUGACGAAGACUUGGAUGAGAUGUGUCCUGUUUGUGGCGACAAGGUUUCUGGAUACCAUUAUGGGCUACUCACCUGCGAAAGCUGCAAGGGCUUCUUCAAGCGCACGGUUCAGAACAACAAGCGGUACACAUGUAUAGAGAACCAGAGUUGCGCCAUCGACAAGACACAAAGAAAACGCUGCCCUUACUGCCGCUUCCAGAAGUGCCUCACCGUCGGUAUGAAGCUGGAAGCUGUGAGGGCGGACCGCAUGCGCGGCGGCCGCAACAAGUUCGGCCCCAUGUACAAGCGCGACCGGGCGCUCAAGCAGCAGAAAAAGGCACUGAUCCGCGCCAACGGCCUGAAGAUCGAGGCCAUGACCCAGGUGAUGCAGGCGGUGCCGACCGACCUCACCAUCUCCUCGGCUAUCCAGAACAUCCACCAGGCAGCUUCCAAGGGACUGCCGCUCAGCCACCACGGUCACCCGCACCACGCCGCCCUGCCCCACACAGACUACGACCGCAGCCCCUUCGUCACGUCGCCCAUCAGCAUGGCCAUGCCCCCCCAUGCCGGUUCCCUCCAGGGCUACCAGGCGGCCUACGGCCACUUCCAGAGCACCCGCACCAUCAAGUCCGAGUACCCGGACCCGUACACCAGCUCGCCCGAGUCCAUCAUGGGCUACAACCCGUAUAUGGACGCGUACCAGACGGGCUCGCCGCCCAACUUCCCGCACCUCAUCGUGGAGCUGCUGAAGUGUGAGCCUGACGAGCCCCAGGUGCAGGCCAAGAUCCUGACCUAUCUGCAGCAGGAGCAGGCCAGCCGGGGGAAGCACGAGAAACUCAACACGUUCGGCCUUAUGUGUAAGAUGGCCGACCAGACGCUGUUCUCCAUUGUGGAGUGGGCCCGGAGCAGCAUCUUCUUCCGCGAGCUCAAGGUGGACGACCAAAUGAAGCUCCUCCAGAACUGUUGGAGCGAGCUACUCAUCCUUGACUACAUCUUCCGUCAGGUGAUGCACGCCAAGGAAGGCUCCAUCCUAUUGGUCACCGGCCAACAGGUGGAUUACAUUGUAAUUGCCUCCCAAGCCGGAGCCACUCUCAACAACCUGAUGAGCCACGCCCAGGAGCUGGUGGGCAAGCUGCGCUCUCUGCAGCUGGACCAGAGGGAGUUUGUCUGCCUCAAAUUCCUGGUACUGUUCAGCUUGGACGUGAAGAACCUGGAGAACUUCCACUUGGUGGAAAGCGUCCAGGAGCAGGUGAACGCGGCACUGCUGGACUACGUCAUGUGCAACUACCCGCAGCAGACAGACAAGUUUGGCCAGCUGCUCCUGCGGCUGCCUGAGAUCCGAGCCAUCAGCCUCCAGGCCGAGGAGUACCUCUACUACAAGCACCUGAACGGAGACGUGCCCUGCAACAACCUGCUCAUCGAGAUGCUACACGCCAAGAGAGCCUGAUGAGACUGCAGGCGGGACGCUGGACCCUGAACUCAACUCGUUUUUGCGGUUUUGUUUGUUGAGACUCCAGCCCUUACCCGACUCAAAACAAACUCUGCCCAUGUUUGUGAUUCUGGGGCGGGAGGCAUCAGUCCUUUUACUUAAUGAUCAACCAUCCUGGCACACACACAGGAAAAAGCACAUGCAGAAACUGACACCCACACUUACAAAUGCUGUGUAUGCACACACACACACACACACACACAAACAAACACAAAUUCAUACAAUAUGCAUAUUACAUAUAUACACACACACAAAUCCCUUUACUCUAAGACAUGCGUGUCUGGGGCCCUGGGUAAAGCUGCAAGAGAUGGAGAGAAACAGCGGAAACGCUUGAAAACUGUACAUUGGACUCUGUACAUGGGAGAUCAUUUUUUUCUGCUUUUAAUAAAAACACAAACCAUCAAGGUGAUGCAGGGACUGGCAGACUGUAACUGAUGUAACAAACAAGCAAACCAUGAGUAUUCUGCACCUCCCAUACUGUCGAAGGGUUUUGAGCAACGAAGAGUGCCAGCCACCCUAAGAUGUCUGUGGUGAGGGCUUCAGAGGAGAGCAGUGACUUUGGCCAAAGGCGUGCGGGUGGUUCGAUCUCUUUAGACCGGCCCAUGCUUGUCAGUGUUGGUACUGUAUUAGCUGACUGCAUUGGGCAGACCAGAGCAGACUGUCAGCUGGACAAGAGUCUCUUUAGCUACCGGCUUCAAAGAGAUACACAAGCUGCAUGGCUAUCAGGCCAGACAGACAGACAGCAAUGAAGAACUGGUGAAAACGUCAGAACCUGACAGAGACUUGUGUGCAGCCCCCAUCACCAAAAAAUGAAGAAAAAAACAGAUGAACCAAAUUAAUUAAAACAUGACAGAACAAAAGAAGAGAACAAAAAAACUAUUUUUGAAAACAUUAGUUUUUCUGAGGCUCCUCUUUGUAAUCCACCCUGUAAGCGCCCCCGAACCUUCCCAAAAGGAUCUCAUAUCAACAAUGUUUACCAUUUACCUCAGUAAAAUGUGUUUUACACACCAUAGAUAAGUUAUUUGAAAGUUCUACAUGGCUAUUUUGUGGUUGCAUAGACACAUAUGGUGUCCCCCCCUUCCCCCCAAAAAUGUAUCCCUUUCAUUAAGAACUGGAAAGAAAGCAUGAUUCUAGAUUUGAGAAACGUUGCCUUUUGUCCAAACAGACCAAAGCCUGCUGCAGAACAACAUCAAACAAAAAAGUAACAAAACCUUAAGUAUCAGUAUUAUAAAUUUGUGAUGUCACAGUUAUGUGAGUCUUGCCUUAUUUCAUUACCAUGCUAGCUAACCGUGCAGAUGUGAAUGAAAAUAUGUACAAAUAUAUAUAUAUAUAAACUAUUAAUGUAAAAAAAAAUACAAAAAUAAUAAUUCAAGUGGUGUUUACAUUCAAGCGGUCCCGUGGGAGAGAACUGUGACAAGGCAAAUUGCAAAGCAAUGAUUUCCUAAAAACUAAAAACACAAAAUAGAUUCCUCUGGUUUGCAUUUUUGGUGUGUACAGUGUUUAACUUUUUUCUUUGUUUCUUUGACCAGUACUUAAUUAUGUCGUGAGACACUAAAAUCAGAAAGGAAUCUCACUUAAAACAUUUAAUUUCUAACAGUUUUUCUGUUGGCAUUCAAAAAAAUUGCAUAUUGUGUUAGAGUUCAGUUUCAGACACUUGUUUUAUUUAGAACUGUUUUUAUUGUUUUUCAAUGUUCUACCUUUCGAUGUAUGUCACUGGUUACGCUUAAAAAUGAAAAUAAUUUAUUGCAUCUUGGGGCUCUAUUCAAUUCGUAGGGCUGAAGAUCCACUUUAUAGCACAAAUUAAAUUAAAGGCAACGUUUCAGCGGUCGUGGAGACUGCAUUCACAGUAAACGCUGCAUAUGUAGGCUCAAUCUGAAAUUACCUUUCAAUUUUAACGCAGAUCUUCCGCGAUACUUCAGCGAUACAGAUUGAAUCCAGCCCUGGGUUUUGUUCUUGUGUGUGUUAUAGGCGCAAGGUGACAAAGCCAAAUAUAUUUGUUUACUGUCGCAUGUUUUUUUAAAUGUAUUGAUGCAGUUCAGGAACAAAACAAUUAUCUUACAAAUUAUCGUCAUUUUUUAAAAUUAAAUGUCUAUGGGAUUCCGAGCUGUAAAUUGGAAAAAAAUAUAAGUAUUGUAUUUAAGUUAAUGGGUGUGACUGAUACUGUCCUUGCAUCAAUUGUUUCUUAUCAUUGAAUUUCAACUAGCUUCACAUUUCAGCCCUGUUUGUUCGAUACCAAAGACUGCAUCUGUCCCAUGAGCUGUGGUUACCUGUGAUGUGUCAUAACUGAACGAACAAACAGCUUUUCCCCCCAGCCGUCCAGAAGUUUGGCAUUCCGUACUGUCCGUUUGUGGAAUUACAUUGUUGUCUUACACACUUUUACCAAAUAAGGCCCCAAACAUUUGUGAUACACACAAACCUGUCAAGUAUAUAUCAGUCUGCCUGUCUACAUUUUGUAAGUAAUCUACGUCAAAAUGGAUCAAGGGCUCGAUUCAAUCAGUAGCGUUGAAGACCUGCGGUACAGCGCAGUAGAAAUUUAAAGGCAUUGUUCCCGCAUUCGCGGAGACUGCAUUCACGGUAAACGCUGAAUAUGUCAGCUGAAUCGGAAACUUCAAAUUUAAAUUGCGCUACAGUGCUGCUCUUCAGCGCUAUGGAUUGAAUUGAGCCACAAAUAUUUUUAACAGCAUGGAACCUCUGCUCUUUCCUUCCCUUAUAAUGUACACUUCAAAACCAUCACAUCAUCCACUUCACAUUAGCCUGUGACUCAAUUAUUUUUUUUGUAUUUACAGUACAUACAUUUCUGUUUUUGUAAGUGUUAGUUGUUGGUUAAAUAAUUGAUUCAGUAUCCAUUCUGAGCAGUGCGAUUUUUAAAAGAAGACAGAAAAAAGCUAUUUUAGCUAAACCUUUGGCUUCUCGUUCCCUGCUUAUAACUAUUGAAGCAAAUUCAUGCCAAAACAAAUACAAAUGUAGUCACGAUAGACGCACGUCAUUACAAAUGCGAUGCACUAUGGUGGAAAAAAACACGGAUAUCGAAAAACAAUACUCCAAAAUAAAUUAAUAUUUAUGUUUUUAUUUUGGCAUGAAUCCGCUACCGUACUUGAUUAAGUGUGUGUAUUGAAUGACAGUCUCGAUCAGUCCCCCAUCUCAUUCUGUGUGUUCUGGUAAAGUUCUACAGCUGCCUUGGAAGUCCUCAAACACUCGCUCUUUCUCACC